GCCUGGCCGGCACCCAAACACAACAGGGGAUUAACUUUGCCCUGAGCUGCUUUGUGGCUUGGUAAAAAGUCAGCGAGAGACAGCCAGCGCUGCCAGUCCGGCAGGAGCCGAGCCCGCAGACAUGGGAGCCAAGCUGCGGCUGCUCUGCCUCACCUCUGCGCUCCUCGCCUACUGGAUCUACCUCCCCAUGCCCGAGGACUACGAGGAGCCCUGGAAGACGAUGCUGCUCUUGGCUCCCUUCAGGGCUGCUGCGCAGCUGGCUACCAUUGCUGAGCAGUUGGGUCUGAUGCACUACAUGGACGUGGUGAAGGCUGGCAUGAGCAUCGAGCACGUGGCAGCCAGGUCGGACGAGAACAUCACCGUGACGGACGCCCAGCUCAGCGGCGUCCCUGUCCGGAUCUUCGUGCCCAGGAAGGAGCCUGGGGGGCUGAGGAGGGCAGUGAUCUAUUUCCAUGGAGGAGGAUGGUGCUUAGGAGAUGCAGGCUUGAAAUCCUACGAUUACCUGGCGAGGACAACUGCACACAGGCUGAAUGCUGUGGUGGUGUCAGUCAACUACAGGCUGGCACCCCAGCACCAUUUCCCUGCUCAGUUCGAGGAUGCAUACUCGGUGACCAAGUUCUUCCUGCAGAGCAAGGUCCUCUCCCAGUACGGGGUGGACCCAGCUCGAGUCUGCGUGGCAGGAGACAGCGCUGGUGGCAACUUGGCUGCAGCUGUGACACAGCAGCUGAUGGAGGACCCUGAGGCCAAAACCAAGCUGAAACUCCAAGCCUUGAUUUACCCUGCUCUGCAAGCCCUGGACUUGAACACCCCUUCUUAUCAAGAGAACCAGGACGACCCCCUGCUGUCCAGGUCCCUCAUGGUCAGGUUCUGGAGCGAGUACUUCACCCCCGACGCAUCCCUGCGGGACGCCAUGGCCUCCAACCGGCACGUCCCGGCCAGCUCCGGCCACCUGCUGCAGCUGCUCAACUGGAGCAGCCUGCUGCCAGCCGAGAUGAGGAAGGGUUACCCUUACCCCACGCCCACCUUUGGCAGCCCCAGGCUGGCCCGGCUGUACCCCGGCUUCCUGGAGGCGCGGGCGGCGCCGCUGCUGGCGGGCGAUGCCCAGCUGCGCCGGCUGCCCCUCACCUACCUGCUGACCUGCGGGCACGACGUGCUGCGCGACGACGGGCUGCUCUACGCCGCCCGCCUGCGGGCGGCAGGGGUGCCCCUCGCCCACCACCACUUCCCAGAGGCCUUCCACGGGGCCAUGAUGUUCGUCUCCAGCCUGGGGGAGCUGGCGGUGGGUCACAGGCUGCUGAACAGCUACACGGAGUGGCUGGAUGAGAACUUGUGAGCCGGGGAGGGGCUUGCUGCAGGAGGUCCUGGCUCGAAGGGCCGUGGAAUUGUCAGGGUUGGAAGGGACCUCAAGGAGCAUCCCAACCCCCCUGCCAUGAGCAGGGACA